CUUGACCGAUCAUCUCUUCCGAACGUCAAUAAUCACUUCAAGCAUCAACCAUGGAUGAAGAGUAUGAUGUCAUAGUGUUGGGAACCGGUCUCAAGGAAUGCAUCCUCAGUGGUCUCCUUUCCGUCGACGGCCUAAAGGUCCUGCACAUGGAUAGGAAUGACUACUAUGGAGGAGAGUCUUCGUCUCUUAAUCUCAUUCAGCUCUGGAAGAGGUUUAGGGGAAGUGAUAAGCCUCCUGCUCAUUUGGGUGCUAGUAGGGAUUACAAUGUGGACAUGAUCCCCAAGUUUAUGAUGGCAAAUGGAACUCUUGUACGUGUUCUUAUUCAUACAGAUGUUACAAAGUAUCUGUCCUUCAAAGCUGUUGAUGGCAGCUACGUCUAUAAUAAAGGGAAGGUACAUAAGGUGCCAGCAACUGACAUGGAGGCACUCAGAUCUCCACUAAUGGGUAUAUUUGAGAAACGCCGUGCAGGGAAGUUCUUCAUUUAUGUUCAAAAUUAUGAUGAAAGUAAUCCUAAAACACAUGAGGGGGUGGACUUGACUAGGGUGACAACUGGACAGCUGAUUGCGAAAUAUGGUCUUGAUGAUAAUACCAUAGACUUCAUUGGUCAUGCAGUGGCACUUCAUAGAGAUGAUCAUUACCUAGAUGAACCUGCACUGGACACUGUAAAGAGGAUGAAGCUUUAUGCAGAAUCUGUUGCACGUUUUCAAGGGGGUUCACCAUAUAUUUAUCCUCUUUAUGGAUUAGGAGAGCUGCCCCAGGCUUUUGCACGACUUAGUGCUGUUUAUGGUGGGACAUAUAUGUUGAAUAAACCUGAGUGCAAGGUAGAAUUUGAUGGUGAAGGCAAAGUUACUGGUGUCACAUCAGAAGGUGAAACUGCUAAGUGCAAAAAGGUUGUCUGUGACCCUUCCUACUUGCCUGGAAAGGCUAGGAAGAUUGGUAGGGUUGCUAGGGCAAUUGCUAUCAUGAGCCACCCAAUCCCAAAUACCAAUGAUUCUCAUUCAGUGCAAGUUAUCCUGCCGCAGAAGCAGUUGGGUCGCAAAUCAGACAUGUAUGUUUUCUGUUGUUCAUAUUCUCACAAUGUUGCUCCGAAGGGCAAAUUCAUUGCCUUUGUAUCAGCGGAGGCAGAGACAGAUCAUCCUGAGACUGAACUGAAGCCUGGAAUUAACCUUCUAGGUCCUGUUGAUGAUAUAUUCUUUGAUAUCUAUGACAGAUACGAACCAGUCAAUGAACCUUCUCUGGACAACUGCUUCAUAUCAACAAGUUAUGAUGCCACAACACACUUUGAGUCAACUGUCAUGGAUGUGCUCAAUAUGUAUACCCUGAUAACUGGAAAGGUUCUUGACCUCAGCGUGGAUUUGAGCGGUGCCAGUGCGGCUGAAGAAUGAGGAAUGGCACAAAAUUGCACGGCUGUUUGUGCUUUGCCCCAAGUUUCUUAGAAUGUUUGAUGUUGCCACAGGCAGGGUCAGACUUUGUUUUGGUUUUUGCUGUGUUACAGAUGCCACCAUAGCCAUUUGUAAACAUUAGUUAUCUUAAUUAAUGUUUCGAGAAGUUGAAUUGAGAAGCGUCAACAACUGAGCCUCUCAUUAAAUUGAAUUUUAGAGAAGUAAAAAUUAGAACAUCUUAAUACCAACGACCAGCAGCAAGGGGAAGGAACUUGAUUUUUUUAAAAUAAAGUCUCAAGUUUGAG